AUGGAAGCUCCACUGAAAAAGAAGAACUACACCCAGCAUUACAGAAGUGAGUGGGAGAAUAAUGAAGAAUUUAAACAUUGGUUGAAACCCGUACCAGGUGACUCAAGUAAAGCAUUUUGUAAUUAUUGUCGCUCUGAAAUGUACGCGAAAUUAAACGACCUUAAAAAGCAUUUAGAAACGAAGAAACAUAAAAAACAUUGUCAAUUGCUUUCCCAAAAUAAAAAACUGACAUUUUCUUCCACCGCAACGAAAAUAUGCAAAGUUUGUUCAAGAGCUGAAUGCACAUUAGCUUUGUACAUUGCUGAACAUAGUUCAAUUUGCCACAUUGACCACUUGACUGAUGUAUGUAAAAAAUGCUUCAAGGAUUCGAAAUCGACUAUCGAUAUAAAAUUGCAUAGAACUAAGUGUACGCAAAUCAUAAAUGAUAUAUUGGCGCCGCAUUUUAAGAAAGAACUACGAAGUGACAUAAGUGAUCAAAAAUAUAGUUUACUUUUAGACGAAUCAACGGAUAUAAGCGUCACAAAAUACCUUGGGAUCGUUGUAAGAUAUUACAGUUCAAAAGUAAAUAAAGUAGUAUCUGCUUUUUUAGCUUUGCAAGCCCUACAGAGCUCCGAUGCUGUUGGUAUAGUUACUGCUCUGAUAAAAUGUUUAAAAGAUCACGACCUGGACUUACAAAAUUUGGUUGGCAUUGGAACUGACAACGCUGCUGUCAUGACUGGAUCCAGACAUAGCGUUUAUGUGAUUCUUAAAACGCAAUACAAUCUUCCACAUCUCAUAUUGAUACCAUGCGUCUGCCAUUCAUUACAAUUAGCGGUUACUCAUGUCUCAGAAAACACUUUACCGAGAAACAUAGAAUUUCUGGUCCGUGAAACUUACAACUGGUUUUCUCAUUCAACAAAGCGCCAAAUGUAG